GUGUUGGACUCGUGUCGUGUAUGGCGGAGGUGGCGCAGGAGGAGACGAGAGGAACAACAAAUAUCCAUUCCCCCUUCUUCUUCUUCUAGUUGCAGCCCUCGCGGAGCUUCACGCCUUCACACACCACUCCAAUCUCCAAGUCCCACUUGCGAUGAUGUCGAUGAGCUCCACCGCCGCCGCUAGCCCUUUUCUCACUUCACCUAUGCCCAGCCCCUCAACCUCAACAGGCCUACGCAAAUGCUUUGUCCGACCUCGAGCUCAAGCCGGAUCCGGUGGAGCGGAUGCCUCUGACAAGUCCAUCGAGAUUAUGCGCAAAUUCUCCGAGCAGUACGCCCGCCGCUCCAAUACCUUCUUCUGUUCCGAGAAGUCCGUUACCGCCGUCGUCAUCAAGGGACUUGCUGAUCACAAGGAUCAACUUGGAGCUCCUCUAUGCCCUUGUAGGCAUUAUGAUGACAAAGCUGCUGAGGUAGCACAAGGAUUUUGGAACUGCCCUUGUGUUCCUAUGCGUGAGAGGAAGGAGUGCCAUUGCAUGCUUUUUCUUACUCCCGACAAUGACUUCGCUGGAGAAGAUCAGGCUAUAACCUUGGAGGAGAUCAAAGAUGCAACAUCGAAGAUAUAACCACAGUGCACCUUUUCUUCCCUUAUUCGUCUUGGCACCAUUGCUUGUAUAUGGGUUAAUUUGAUCAUGUCGCUAUAAAUAUGGCUAUUAAAAAAAAUACAAUUACAAUUCAUGUAUUCACAGACAUGCCAUCGGUAUUGUGGUAAAUCUGUAUUUGUGCCAUUACGUAGAUGCUUGGCACAGUUGUACACAUUUUCUUGACAUGUAUUUUCAUAUGGACGCAAAUGCCCUCGAUGCAAAGUACAUCACGGUUGUUUCA